AUGAUAUAACUUGCUGCUGUAUUAGGCUUAUUAGGUUUUGAACCUGCUGGACAAUCUAGAUUGAAUAGUCUUUUACCUGGAGUAACUUGUGAUGGAGCUACUGCAUUUAGAGAUGCAGUUAUCAAAGGAAAUUAGUUAAUGUUAUAACUUUUUGCUUUGUUUUGUAAAGAAGGAAUAAAUUAAAAAUUUUAAUUCGUUCAUGUAGUUCUCACAGAUGGAGAAGAUAACAAAUCUUAAAUUAGUUUAUAAGAAUUUCUUAGAUAUUAAUAAUACCUUGAAUAAGAACUUCCAUAAAAUAUACUUUAAACAUUUUAUAUAGGUGUAAAUGUAGAGAACAAUACUACAGUUUAAAAAGAAAUGUAAGCAAUUUUAAGAUGUAGUGGCAAAUCUGCUUCAUAUUAUCCAAUAAGCAGUAAUGAAAUUAAUGAAAUCUUUUAAAAAAUUUAAAUGUAGAUUGGUAUUAGAAUCUAAGAAUAAGGACUUAUAAUUGCAAACAAUUAAGCUAGAAUUGCUUUAAGAUAAUAAACUUAUGAACCAGUUGUGUCAAUGUAAAUUAAUAACUAUAUUGUACUUUUCACUCUUGAUGUAUCUGGAUCUAUGAAAAAUAAUUGGUAUAAGGUUUGUUAUGCUGUCAAAAAUUUUCUUGGUAUUCUAGGAUAAAAUGAUCUAGUCUUAGGGAUUAUUUUCAAUGAUGAAGUAAAAGUUUUAACAGCUAAUCAAUAACCAACAACUAAAAAGGUUAAAUAGCCUUCUCAACCUCCAAGAAAACCUUCUUACUAAUCAAGGUAAGUUGAUUAAACAUCAGAAAGUUGUUGUUGCUAAAUUUUUUGA